AUAAGCCUUUUUGUUCUUGCGUGGGUGCCACCGGCGCGUGUGGCGCAGGUCGGAAUCCGGCGGAGUCCGGGAGAAACGAGUUAAGGCCCGCGCAUCGGCGGCGUUUGUCCGCCCGCUGUCAAGAUCGAGCCUCGGCAUGAGCUUGUGCUCGCGCGGGGCCUUGCACCGGUUCGGGCCACACGCGCCGAUGGAUCACGUUGGUGUUGCCCUGAAGCUAACGCGACUUCUUUCUCGGCUCCUUUCGCCACGCCACACUCGCGCGAACCGGUUUCCGUGAUAUUUCCGAACACUGCACGCUUGCUCGCACUCGUGCUAAAAAAGCAGCUAGCCCCGCUCGGGCUGUUUGUUUGUAGCUCCCAAUAGGCCGUAUUCAUGACAUAACUUACGCCUUCCAGACGGCGUAGCCGAGGCGCCGCGCAAAGCGCGACGUACGUCGUUUUCGUGAAUACCGAGAGCCGUCCUGGUUGUAUUCUGGAAGGCCGUUUACGUGCGGAGUUGACACUUGCUGGUAAAACAUGGCGACGCGCUUGCUAGCAGUGGAAGGUUAGCAAAAAACAGCAGCGUAAACGACGUGAAAUCCACAUAUGAGCGUGGUAGCUCAUUGGCUAGCAGUUCCUACGUAGGUAAAAUUAGCUCCUCUUCGAUGUGUCCUCUUUGGAGAAACGUCACAAAGGCCAUCUCUGCCUUCCAACGAAGUUGAAAUCUGCGUGCAACCGUAUCUCUCGACUGCUGAGAUAAUUCUGUGCGAGACCUGCAUCAAUGAUGUAUUCAUCCGAUGAUAUUGGUGGCGUACGGCUCUCACUCACUGCGUUGCUGUUUGCACCCCCAGAGCAUGCGUCGCUGCCUCCUCGACCACACAAUGAUCGCCCAAGCAGUUUGAGUAAGGGUGGGACAGCAACAAACAUAGAGUCAAGCGAGGAGUGGAAUGGCCUGAGGGGGAUCCCCCCGGUCCUACCUGCCCCCGCCAGGUCACAUCUGCCUAAACUGACUGCUUGCUCGUUGCAAACCGCCACUGUGAUGGGGGACGGACUGGAGCCAGGCAGCAGCCACAACCCUCCUUCGGCGCCGCAGCCUCACAUCCUGAACCCCGGGCCGCCCGAAAUAGGGAAUUCCACCAGACCCAAACGACAGACUAACCAGCUACAGUACCUGCUCAAAGUGGUGCUGAAGACAUUAUGGAAACAUCAGUUCGCAUGGCCCUUUCAUGCUCCUGUAGAUGUUAUCAAACUCAAUUUACACGACUACUAUAAAAUCAUCAAAACUCCAAUGGACAUGGGUACCAUCAAAAAGCGCCUGGAGAACCACUACUACAAAAACGCCCAGGAGUGUAUACAUGACUUCAACACUAUGUUCACCAAUUGCUACAUCUACAACAAGCCCAGCGAUGACAUUGUUUUGAUGGCCAAGGCCUUAGAGAAGCUAUUCCUCCAGAAGAUCACACAGAUGCCACAGGAGGAGACGGAAAUUGCUGUGGUGGCGAAGGGACGCCGCGGCAUCAAACGAGAGCCUGCUCCCAUCAGCAUGUCAGAAUCAAGCCAAGAUCUGUCCUCCCCCUCCAGCACCCCGCACACACGGAGCUUCUCGUCCCCCUCCACCCUCCCGCAGACCAACGCGUCGUCAACUCCCCCUACACUGUCCCAGCCCCCACGUGUGCCUCCCACGCCCACAGCCCACGCACCCCAUCUCGGACCUCCAUAUCCACUCUCAACAGGAGCCAUCCUGCCCCAGGGCAUGACUGCUGUUGCCCCUCCGGCCGUCACGCAUCCAGGGCUCCAUCCUGGUCCGAUGCUCCAGAACGCCCCCGCUCUCAUCAAGCAACGGAAGAGCCAGAAGAGGAAAGCGGACACGACGACGCCAACGGCCAAUGACCAGCUCAGCGAAUCAUCUCCCGUCUCGGCGGAGACUCGAACCCGCCGCGAGAGCAGUCGCCCAUCGAAGCAGACAAAGCGAGACCCGUUGCAGCCGGACUCCCAGCACCACCUGGUUGGUGGUUUGGAGACGGGAGCCAUGGUGACGUCCAAACGUCAGGAUCAGUUGCACUUCUGCUCCCUCCUUGUCAAAGAGAUGCUCUCCAACAAGCACUUUACGUACGCUUGGCCCUUCCACCUACCUGUUGAUGCAAAAGCGCUUGGCCUUCAUGACUACCAUGAUAUCAUCAAGCACCCCAUGGACCUCAGCACCAUUAAGAAAAAGCUGGACAACCGACAGUACAGAGACGCCCAAGAGUUUGCAGCAGACGUCCGAUUGAUGUUCUCCAACUGUUACAAGUAUAAUCCUCCGGGUCACGAUGUGGUGGCCAUGGCACGAAAACUCCAGGACGUCUUUGAGAUGCGUUUUGCCAAGAUGCCCGACGAGCCAGAGGAGGUCGCCCCGGUUCCCACGCCGUCGUCUGUCCUCCACCCAGCCCCCUCCACCAGACAAGCGCCGCCGCCGCCUCCCAUUGUGUCGGAAGACAGCAGUUCCAGUUUGUCUGAGUCCGAGUCCUCAGGAGGAGACUCUGAUCAAGAGAGGCAGCAGCGAUUGGCUGUGCUCCAGGAACAGCUCAAAGCUGUCCACGAGCAACUGGCCGCGCUCUCUCAGCCUCAGGUCUGCAAGCCCAAAAAGAAAGAGCGGGAGAAGAAGGAGAAGAAGAAGGAAAAGCACAAGAAGAAAAUGGGAGUGGAGGAAGCCCCCGAGCCUGCCGUGCUUCAGAUUCCCAAGAAAAGCAAAAGCGGCAAAGAGGCGCUCAUUGCCAAGAAGGAGAGAAAGAAGCCCGGUAAGAAAGAAGUCAUCAAAAACAGUCGCCCUGCUGUGGCCCCUCAGACCGGGCCGACCCCUCUCGUCCCUUCAGCCUCCCUUGAAGCAGAUGACAUGGACUUGUUUGGGAGCACGGCACCUGUCGGAGGCAAGCCCAUGUCCUACGAAGAGAAGCGCCAGCUGAGCCUCGACAUCAACAAGCUGCCCGGCGACAAGCUGGGCCGCGUCGUGCACAUAAUCCAGACCCGCGAGCCUUCGAUGAAGAACUCCAACCCGGAUGAGAUCGAGAUCGACUUUGAGACGCUGAAGCCCUCCACUCUCCGGGAGCUGGAGAAAUAUGUCUCUAGCUGCCUGAAGAGAAAGAAAAAGUCAUCAGAAAAGCCCAUGGAAAUGACAAACGUCACAAAGUUGAAGACGGGAUCUUCAUCCUCCGGUAGCAGUGACUCCUCUGAUAGUGAAGACUCUGACAAUGCAGGGCUGGUUCCCAAGCAGCAGAAGACGCUGUCCAACAAGGACACAAAGAGGACGCAGCAGCAGCAGCAGGCCGUCAACAGCGUCGCCGGCCCCGUCGCGCCGCAUCCUCAAUUGGUCCAAACCAAACCCCCGUUCAUCGCUCCCCCAACAGUCCCCGUGUCCGUGCCGCUCUCUGUUUCUGUCCCUGUCCCCGCUCUGGAAUCCUCCCAGCUUCUGAGCGCCGGAUUUGACCCUUUGGCCCAUUUUAUGAACCCUCACCUGAGCCAGCCCAUCACCGAGUCUGGUCCAGUCAUCACUGCCGCUUGUCCCCCGCUCACCUCUGGCCUCCUCAAUGUCAACGCACCUGUUGGCCCCGCACCCUCUGAUACGCACCCCUUCCUGAACCAGCAUCCCACCCUUCCCGGCCCAGCCAUCCAUAGUGCACUUCCCCAGCAGCCAUCACGUCCGAGCAGCCACGCAGCACCACUUCCUCCCAAAAACUCUCAGCCGCCUUCCUCGCUCCUGUCGCUGGCCACGCCCCCUCCUCAGCUCCAAAGCUCGCUUCCUCUCCCGCUGCCCCAGCCCGCUCCGCGCCCCCGCGUACCUUCGCCACCAUCGCAUGGAAUUUUAGGCACCCUCUCAGCUCAGCCACCCCAGGCCUUGCUGGAGGACGACGACGAGCCCACUCCCACCAGCGUAGAAACGCCACCCCUCAGCCAGGUGCAGAGCUUCCUGCAGUCGCUGCAACCGCGGAUGUCCGGGCAGGUUCAGUCGCUCCACUCGCCCACACAAGCCGCCGCUCAGCUCGUACCCUCGAUGCAAGCCGCGAUGACGCCCGCCCCUGCGGCGAUGCAUCGACACAGCUCGGGCCACGCGCACACACAGCAGUCCUACCCGCAAGCUCUUGCCACGGCAGUGCAGCAACAGAAGGGGGCGAGUCUGCAACAGAAGCUACAGCAGCUGCAGCAACAUCAGCAGCAGCAGCAACAUCAGCAGCAGCAGCCCUCGCCACGGAUCAAGCCCGAGCCAUUCUCUACUGGUUGCCUGCGUGACAGUCCCUCCCCCCUCAUGAUGCACUGCCCUCUGAUGCCUCAGUUCCAGGCGACGGGACAGCAGUCUCCCUCGCAGAUCAAGAAAAACGAUCAGAGGUCGAACAUGGUAAAGGUGGAGAAACCCUCCCACUCGCAGUCGCCGGUGCUGACCCCUUCUCCAUUCAGCCCCGCCAUACGCCUCGACUCACAAAAACAUGACAGCAAACACAAUGUGAAAUCAUCGGAUAGUUCUCGCCCCGGUUCCCGCCUCCCCGACUCCCUGGUGCAAGCCUGCCCUCAGCAGGACGCCAAAGUCAAGCAAGAGCCCAAAACGCCCACGGCGCCCAAGAGGACACCGGACGUGAAGUUGAAGAACAUGGGCUCCUGGGCCAGUCUGGCCCAAAGGUCUCAGUCCACGCCAGCCUCGGCCGUCCGCUCAUCCAGUGACAGCUUCGAGCAGUUUCGACGGGCGGCCCGAGAGAAGGAGGAACGGGAGAGGCAGCUGAAGGCUCAAGCGCAGCAGGCCAGGAAAGAGCAGGAGAAGCUACGCCGCGACGACGACGACACCGUGGAGCACGCUCGCCGGGCGCAGGAAGAGACCCGCCGACGCCAAGAGCAACAGCAGCCGUCGCCCCUCGCCCCCACGCCUCCCGCUUCAACCCCGCCCACUCACUCCCCGCAGCCCCCCGCCAUCCCGCCUCCAGCGCCGUCCCCGACUUCCUCGGCCACGCAAAACGCCCUCGACCAGCAGAGGGAGAUGGCGCGCCGUCGCGAGCAGGAGAGGCGCAGGAGAGAGGCGAUGGCCGACACCAUUGACAUUAACUUCCAGAGCGACCUGAUGGCCAUUUUUGAAGAGAAUCUCUUCUGAGUUGGAAGAAUGGCGAUGGCUGCGUGAGAAGGACCUACACACACACACACACACACACACACACACGCACGCACGCACAUUCACAGAUAUGGUGAUAUAAUAUACAUGCCUCACACGAACACCCGUAUACGGACUACAUACAUAGUAUCUGUCCCCUUUCUCACGACGUCUUUUUCCCCUCGGAGCGCAGAUACGUUUUGGUGUCUGACGUGAUGUUUAUAGUUGUUAGCUCGCGAAAUGGAGUUUAAAAAAAAAAAAAAAAAAGAAAGAAAAAGGAAGUCUUUUAAAAGGCAGAGUGGUU